GACUCCUUGUCCAAGCUGAAUGGCUAUGAGUAUGACUGUGAUCUCGUGUUGUCCUGAUUGUGGGAGCUUCAAAGGCUGGUACCAUUCCUUGUGCAAGUAAUUAGUUGUGGAACCAACUGUCGUAAAAUUCAGUAUCGGGAAGGAUUGAGAUUUGGUAGUCGCACGCUUGCCCUUGCAGCGGGCGAAGAAGGUAGAUAUGAGUACUGCACUUCUAAAUCGCUCAGCCUCACCUGACACUAAAAGCCCAAGCCCAAGCCCAAGCCCAAGCCCACGCGUAUCCCAGAAAGGGAGCUCAACUUCAAGUAGGUACUUGGAGAGUGGGUCGAGUACUGCGCAGCAAACAGUAGCUGUAGUCCUGACAAGUCCGACACAAGGUCGUCAUCAUUACCCGGAUGACCAUCUUGCUGCUGGGCUACGCACACCAGGCGACAAUGAAUCCAGCAGCAGACCGGGAUCUGCGUUGGACAGGACGGGAAGUUUCCACAAAUGCCUCGGACUGCAGAUUGGAGCGGAUCGCUUUGGCUCUCCCCGCUAUCCGGCCCAGCUCGACUUCCUCAGAGUCGGUGCAAGUGCGAGGAUGGCCGGAGGAGAAGGAGUUGGCUACAGCAGGAGCUUUGACCACAAGGAUGCACACAGCCACCGCGGAAGUGGUACCAGGUCAAAGAGUUCCAGUGACCUUUUGUCCGAUGACGACGCAGAGGAUAUCCCAAUAGAUCGGCUGGGUGAGCGGCGUACUACUCUCUCACAGUUCAAUUCCGAUAGCAUGCACAGCUUCUCGUUUGCUAGCCAGGCCAGAAAGCGAGAAUCGUUCGUUGGAGCCGCCCGGUUGCAAACUCGUGGUGAAAUGACGCCACCGAAUGGCAGUAAUGCAACCGCUGAGGAUUUCGAGCUGAACGACUUCCUGCCAGAUAGGGAAGACGGCCCGCUCUUCCCCACUACAUCUCGCAACCCGCACAAGGCACUCCUAACCAUUGAUCUGCGUGACUCUUCAGUGCUGGUUGCAAAUAAUGUUGCAUGCGACAUGUUUGCCUGUACACCGUCGGAGAUCGUUGGCGUGCGGUUCCCCGAUUUGCUGGCAUACUCACUGGACCGGGCACGCCAGAACGACCUCAUUGAGUCCAACAUUGAUGCUGAUGGCAAGGUGGUGAUGGUCAAGGGCAAAGUGGUGGAUGUGAUCAACAGUCACGGCGGAGUGUUCCCCGUCUCUCUGUGGAUGAAGAUGCUGACGGUGCAGCCGCAGCCUCGCUGCAUUGCCGUGAUGGAGCCGGUUGAGCGCAGCAGUGCCGUACUGGCUCUGAACAAAGAUGGAGUGAUUGUUCACACGGACGGCACGGCCAAGGCUAUGUUUGGCUAUGAGGCGUCUGAACUUGUCGGCCGCACCAUGUGCCACAUCGUCAAUGCAUUUCGCCUGCCUGACCCGGACUGUACCACCAGUGAGGACUUUGACAAGGAUGUACUGAUUCAGGAAGCCACUGCCGGCCUCAAGUCGGGCCAGCGCUGUCCAGUGUCCGUUGCCGUACGUGCUAGGGCGGACACCGCUGGCGGCUCGUCGUUCCCGCACGAUCACGCCGUGUUCAAGCAUCCGGACUGUGCACUGUGCGUGGUGGUGUGGAUCUACGCUAACCUGAGCGGUCUGAUGACUGUACGCGAGAAUGGUGCUAUCCACUCCUGCAACUCGUCGUUCAGCCGUCGACUAUUCGGCUACGAUGAAAGUGAUCUUGUAGGAAAGGAGAUGAGUCUUGUUUUGCCCGACUUGUUCAACAUCUUGACCCUGUCCCAGUCACAAAUACCCAGCCCAUGCGGUUCAGAUGACUCCGUUGACGUGCCGCUGCCUCGCCUGGCUGCCGAUCUGGCGUCCUCCUGCGAUGACUCCGACGUGGACGGUGAUGUGUUUUCGGCGAGUGCACCCAUGAACAAGCGACUGGAGGCUAUGCGACUGCCGGUAACUAGCACCCCGGACGCGGCGCUCACUCCCAAUCUGUCGAGCGCGGACAUUGACCAGCGUCACUCCACCGCCAGCCCGACACUGCGUUCUAGUGGCACGUCCACGACGGUUGAGAGCAUUGGGCCGCUGAGGAGCCUGAGCAGUGGCAUGCAUGAGCUGGUGGCACCGGGCGGCUAUCGCUCGGCGUCCGCCGCUUCGUACCACCAGUCCAGUAGCGCCUCGCCGUUCCAGUCCGAGUUCCUGCGCAACGUGCACAGCGCCAGCGGUGGCGGCCUGGUCAUGUCGCCGCGCCUCAUCCUGUCGCCCGUCGCUCACCGCCACACACCGGUGUCCAGAACGUCCGGUAGCCGCGGUGCAUCUUCGCUGUCUCAGAGCUGGCGUGCAACACAGCAGCAGUGGGCUGACCGCGGACAAUUGGAUGUGAGUAGGAUCACUGGUGUGACUCUACCCACGACGGUACGCCAUCGAGAUGCAACAUCGCUGGACGUUCUUGCCCAGGUCAAGACCGUUAUACUGGACAACAGCCAGACGCUGUUCUGCGUGUGGAUCCAGCGCGACGCCAAUGUGGAGGUGGACCCGCUCUGUCGCCUUGAUCAGUCCUAUCUCAACAUUUCCCUUGCCAAGCAUGGCUUCGUUGACAGUGACUAUGAUGAUGAUUCUGGACCAGUAUCAAGGAGUGCCUCGAAAAAGUCUGUGCCAUCCGGAGCAGCACAAGUAGCUGCCCUGCCUGAGGAGCCGGACAGCGAUGACUCUGGUGAAGAUGAAGACGAGCCGAGCAUGGGUGGUAGCAGUCUUGGCGGCGGCCUCCAGCGUGCCACCAAUACGGUGGCGUCGUUUGCCAGCACCCUCGGACAAUCGUGCAUACUUGGCGACGACGAGGAAGCACGGCAGAUGUUUGCCGGCGAUUACGAGAGCAAUUACAUGACUCUGAAGUCUAUUGGCAAGGGAGCGUUUGGCGAGGUGAAACUGGCCAUAUCUCGUUUUACAAGUCGCUCCGUUGUUAUCAAGUUCAUUCGCAAGACCUCAGUGCUGAAGGAAAGCUGGAAGGACCUGACGGAGGAGGAGUUCAAUGCGGUCAGCCUACAGCGAUCAGACACUGUCAAACCCCAGCUGCCUGAGCGGCCGUUAGCAGUACCUCUGGAAAUCGUCCUACUCAGGCGUCUGGAGCAUCCGAAUAUCGUCAAGGCAAUUGAAGUGUAUGAGAAUGAUGAGUACUACCAGAUGGUGAUGGAGCGGCACGGCCAUGGUAUGGAUUUGUUUGAGUUCAUCGAUCAGAACCCCAGAAUGGACGAGCCACUCACCAGUUACAUCUUCCGGCAGAUUGCCCAAGCUAUCCAGUAUUUGCAUUCCAACGGCAUUGUUCACAGGGAUGUCAAGGAUGAGAAUGUCAUCAUCGACGACGACUUCAACAUCAAGCUGAUAGACUUUGGAUCGGCGGCCUACAUGGAGCCCAGUAGGCUGUUUGCAACUUUCUGCGGCACGCUAGAGUUCUGCUCACCUGAAGUUCUGCUGGGCAACAGGUACCCAGGUCCCGAGUUGGAAAUGUGGUCACUUGGUGUUACUCUGUACACCCUUGUCUUUGGAGAGAACCCGUUUGUCGAGGCUGAGGACAUCCUGACCGGACAGCUUCAGCCACCGUUCCGUGUUUCACCUGGCUUACUGAAGAUCCUGCUGUGGCUGCUGCAUCCUGACCCACAGUCUCGCGCCACUAUUGAUCAGUUGCUCAACUGUGCAUGGAUGCGCAUGGAAGUGGAUAUCAGUGCCUAUCGCUUUGAUGAGGUUGUCGGUGGCGGAGCUGGUGCUAUGUCUGGUGUUUCAAGUGGCGCAAUCGGUCAUGUCGAGGCCAGCAUCUCCGAAAGCAUGAUGAAUAGUCGCAACGGAACAUCUGCCGCGCGUGCUGGCUCGACGUAUGCCCACUCGCAUAGUCUCAGUGGUACGGUGUAAUCCCGAUAGCCACUCCUACCUCUAAAUCUUGUCUGAUAGUCUUGUCUUUGCCACCCAGUAAUUUAUACUGCCCCUCUGGCAGCAACGAGCUGCUUUGCACAGCUGUCUACUCUUUGGCUGUAGUCACCUUGGCCUGCCUUAUCUUUCCUUCAGCCUGCUGUUCAUUGUAUUGUUUAGGAGCCGCCCGUAUUGUUGGUGCACAUAAUAAUGGUGCACAUGCUCCACUAGUAUUGCCCUUAUAAUUCUCUAGUAUAAUAUACCAACAUGCUCUUCUGCUUCUUGUCCUCUCAUCAACAAUAGCCGCCGUCUUCACCCUAGAUGCUAAUGCUGAUACUGUUUUUUUAGUUUAGCCUGCCUGCAUUGUUUUCUCCAUGUGCAUGUCUUUCAGUGCUGUGCACCUCAACUUGCACAAAUCAUCAUCUGUGUUUGCGUAACACCCAAGUUGAUAGGGUGCCGAGCUGACUUAGGGGUCGUCGCAAAAGUUUUCUGUCGUCCCUGAAACGAACAUCGUUCAUUUCGUACUCGGACCCCCUCCCCUCCCUCUGAAACGAACACAGCUUGCUAUGCUGGACGACGAAAAUCGCAUGCAUGUACAUGUCAUAUGUACAGUGUCGGUCGACUUGUGAUUUUGGCUCGCACCCCCUCCCCCCCAAAUGAAUCAUGUUCGUUUCAGGGACGACAAAAAACUUUUGCGACGACCCCUUAGCUCCUCUUCUUCUUUUCUUUUUGAAAUAGAACUUUACUUGCUGGCAUGGCUGGAACAUGGCCGCUUUAUGUAUUCAUGUAUUGUUUUGCAACUGGAACUUCUUUUUUAUGCGCCGAGUUUUUUUACUGGAUGAUCUUUUCUAUCUUUCUCACUCUCCUCACUCUAUCUGCGGACUCUCUGCUUGGACUUAGAUUGGAUCUAAAUUUUUAUAGGUUUUGCCAAUUUUGCCUCGUCUCUAGCCCUCACCUGCAAGGAUACAAUAGGACUUCUUCUUGUGCACCAGUGUUUCAAUAUGCCCUACAGACUUUGUAGACUUGGUACAUCGUAACAUGUACUGUUCUUAUAAUCGUAGCCUCAACAUGGCACACGUGUCACGGUGACCGUGCUCUCCCCCAAGCAUGCACCCAGCUCUUCUCUAAUGAUAAUAAUUAUGAUUCUAACCCUAAGGUUACAGGAGUCAACAGCGUACACGUA